AUGAGGGCUAUUCAAGCGGGGACCGUCUUAACAUCCUUUUUACUAUCUUCUCUACCAUUUACACUUUCUCAACUCGUGCUACCAAGCGAUCUUCCAGGCGUUUGGGAAUAUGAUGGAUGCUAUACCGAGGUCGACCGAACCAUUGGCGCGGCCGCCUAUGCCGACGAUGAGGAUAUGACCAAUGAAGCUUGUAUCUCCUUCUGUACCGCAAGAGGCUUCCAAUAUGCCGGAACCCAAUACGCACAAGAGUGUUACUGUGGUGAGAGCAUUGCCUCGACUGCCCUCAAGCUCGAGGAUUCACAAUGCAACAUGGCUUGCAAAGGAAACGCAACAGAGCCUUGCGGAGGCCCUUCAAAGCUAUCCAUCUUCUACAGCUCUGCCGCUGUUGGACCUCAAGCAAACCCUGGUGUCAAUGGCUUCUCCCAUCUUGGUUGCUACUCGGAGGGAACAACGGGUAGAACCCUUACCUUCGCUGUCGGCACCAUCCCAGGCGCAACCAUGACGGUGGACAAGUGCACUGCCGCUUGUAAUACUUCUGGCUACAAGUACGCGGGUGUGGAAUUUGGUGGCGAAUGCUUCUGCGGCAAUCGUAUUUCCAACGGAGGUGCCCCUGCCACCAGCGGAUGCAACAUGCUUUGCAACGGCAACACCACGGAGUUCUGUGGUGGUGGUAAUCGCCUGAAUAUCUACAUCAAAGGAGAUCUCCCGCCAACCUCUACCGUUAGCGGCAUUAUUGCUAUUCCAUCCUCAGCCGUUCCCGAGCCCCCAGGCCCCGCCCAACCAGCGUCCGUUGGCAACUAUGUUUGGUACGGAUGCCGAACCGAAGCCACUGGCAACCGCGCUUUGAGCGCUGCUGUUUCCGCGACUGAUGAGAUGACACUCGAGGCCUGCAGCGCCUUCUGCUCUGCCUACACCUACUUUGGCGUUGAGUACUCCCGCGAAUGCUACUGUGGAAACAGCUUCAACGCUGGAUCGGUGGCCGCACCUGACUCUGAUUGCAGUAUGACCUGCGCUGGUAAACCCUCAGAGUAUUGCGGUGCUGGAAACCGAUUGUCUGUCUAUGCCAAAAAUGGCACCGAACCACCGAGCACGACAGUCAUUUCUAGCUCUGCUGUCCCAUCUUCAUUCCCCCAAGCCACUGGCCUUCCGGAGGGUUGGGCUUAUAAAGGUUGCUGGUCUGAGGGCACCACUGGUCGUCUGCUCAACCACCAGGCCCCAGACAGCCAGACUAAUUCUCAGGUCACCGUCGAAGGCAAGGUCAACUUCCUUUCCAAAUGGGGAACCGGUCCUGCCAACGAAACAGGUGCAUACGAGCUUGAUCUUUCCAAGAUCGGUACCAACGCUGCCUUCCGUGAGCUUCAUCUCAAGACUGAUGUCUUCUGCGCCGGCGGUGUGACCUUGCCAGACAAGGUGGGCCGCCAGCUGACCGUUGGAGGUUGGUCUGGGGACUCUACCUACGGCACUCGUCUGUACUGGCCUGGUCACGACUGGGAGGAAAACGUCAACGAGCUGAGCUUGCAAGCCGGCCGCUGGUAUCCCAGCGCUAUGGUCAUGGCCAACGGCUCCAUCUUUGUCAUCGGAGGUGAGACCGGCUCGAACGCUGCCGCCGUCCCUUCCAUCGAGGUCUUGCCUUAUACCGGGACCAAACCACUCUUCAUGGACUGGCUUGAACGCACCGAUCCCAACAACCUCUACCCCUUCGUCGCCGUGCUACCAAGCGGUGGCAUCUUCGUCCAGUACUGGAACGAAGCCAGAAUCCUCGACGAGAGGACCUUCGCGACUAUCAAGGAGUUGCCCAUGGUCCCCGGCGCCGUCAACGACCCUCAAUCCGGACGUACCUACCCCCUCGAAGGCGCCGCCGUCCUUCUCCCGCAGCGCUACCCCUACUCCGAAAACCUCGGCAUUCUCAUAUGCGGCGGUUCCAACAACGGCCCCGGUUACGCCCUCGACAACUGCGUAUCCACGCGCCCCGACGACGCCAACCCGAAAUGGGUCAUCGAGCGUAUGCCCUCCUUCCGCGUGAUGCCCUGCAUGGCUCCUCUUCCCGACGGGACUUACCUGAUCGCCAACGGCGCCCACCACGGUUUUGCAGGCUUCGGACUGGCUAACAACCCGAACAAGAACGCUCUGCUCUACGAUCCUACCAAGCCCGUUGGCUCCCGCAUUACGGUAAUGGCCAACACCACCAUCGCGCGCAUGUACCACUCCGAAGCCAUCACUCUUCUCGACGGGCGCGUCUUGAUCUCCGGCUCCGAUCCCCAGGAUAACGUCAACCCAGAGGAGUACCGCGUGGAAGUGUUCGUACCUCCCUAUCUCCUCAACGGCAAGCCUCGCCCCAGCUUCACCCUUCAAAACCGCGACUGGGACUGGGACCAGAAGAACAUCCCCUUCAACCUCGGGUCGGCCGCUAAGAACGGCGCCAUUACGGUUACGCUUCUGGGUUCGGUAUCAAGCACCCACGGCAACUCGAUGGGUGCCAGGACACUCAUGCCGAACGUGCAAUGCCAGGGCACCAGUUGCACGGUGGACGCACCGCCUAAUGCACAUAUCGCACCGCCCGGGUGGUAUCAGUUCUUUGUGCUGGAUGGAGGGGUGCCGGCUGUGGGCGUGUAUGUGAGGAUUGGAGGGGAUCCGGCGGGACUGGGGAAUUGGCCUAAUAGUGAUGGGUUUUCGAAGCCGGGUGUUUAA